AUGAGGAAACAUCAUACAAAAGCUAGACAUUAUAGUUCACCAGGUUUCCGAAGACCAACAACCAUGUCAGACAAUGAUAAUGUUAUUAACUCCAAUGCUCCAAUACCGAAUACUAUUGUACCAUCAUUGAUCCCAGCUAAACUAGAUGAUCUUUUACGAUCUAAUUUUUCUAGAAACCACUUGUUUAAUCUAGGUACAGAUUUGAUAAAGUUGGAUUUGUAUCAGAAGUUUGGUCAUAUGACAUCUGUUACCGGAGGUGGCUUUAUCAAGACUUUAGUCCAUAGCCUCUCGACGUUUGUUAAGGAAGAGUUUGAACCAGAUCGAACUUCUGAAGCCGGUAACCGUCUUAGAGAAUUGGUGUAUCUAACUUCGAACUUGGACCUCUAUAAUGAGGACCUCCGUAGGGGGGAAGAAACGGGAAUCUUGAAUACUCAUAAUAUUUCUGAUUUUAAAUGGUUUUUCAUUGCCGCAGGGUAUAUGUUGGUUACGAGUUCCAAGGCCAAGAUCGUACAAUUCACGGAGUCAUUAGCCGAGAUUUACGCCAAAGCCCGGAAAUACGAGAAUUUGUUGACAAAUCCCGAGAACCAACUUCAGAAUGAGCAACAGGAACUCUUGGAUAUCUUAAAUGAUUACUAUGAAACUGUUGAAGUCGAUGAAUCACUCAUUCAUAAUGGCCCAAAACAUAUUACUAUGUACUAUGAUGGCGAUUAUAAGGUGAAGUUGCCAGAGUUACCAACUAUCAGGAACAAACAAUUGUUAGUAAAGGCAUUAAUUCAUAAAGAAUUAUACCGAGCAUUUUUGACACCUAACCAUCCCAUAGCCACCAAAUUGAAACAUAUAGGGUAUACCGAUUUGAACUAUAGAAAUUAUAUGGUGUUCCGCUAUGAUUUAUCUUUCUUGGACGGAUUGGGGGAUUUCUUCUUGGAAAGAGAAGCCACCAACCUAAUGUAUAAGUUUAAGAACAUGGCUCCAUAUAAUAAUGAUGUUUCAUUUGGGAAUAGAACUUAUAAUAUGUUGAAACGAAUAUUGGCAACUAAUACUUUAUUGUCAAGAUUAGCUGCUGCUUAUAACUUGCCAUUUGCUUUAAAAGAUACCGUUGUGCAUACAUUUCUCCAAACUUAUAUCGAGAAAUAUGAUCAUUGGUCCACAACUGCCACUCAGAUUGACGAAGGUGGAAUCCCAGAUGAUAUAAGAUACGAACAGGAAUUCAUAGCCGAUUAUUUUGAGGCAUACGUUGGUGCAGUGUUUUUGGAAGAUCCAGAUAAAGCCCAGCUGUACGUAAAUGAAUUGUAUAUGAAUAUCUUGUUGCUGAUUGGAGAUAAAUAUAAGGAACGGGAUCCUUGUUUAUACAAGUAUGGGAAUUGGUGCACGGAUAUCAUUGGAAGGAAGAUUUAA